AUGGCAAGUCACUCGUACGACCAGUUCGACGACUACGAAGAACCAGACGGAGAAGCCUUAGCUGCAGGGAACAGGUCACUGGAAGAGCUUCAGCGUCUUUCUGCCUUUCAGCAGGUGACCACCAAGGUUCCCCCAUCUUAUGAUGGUAGAAGUAGCUGGUUUGCUUUCGAAGAUGCCGUAGACGACUGGUGUGAUAUCACAGAACUUGAACCAGAGAAGAGAGGACCCGCAUUGAGAAACAGACUUGAAGGUGAAGCUGCUAUCUACAAGAGAUUGCUUGAUCGAGAAGCUUUGAAGAACAAGGAGGAUGGAGUCAGGUACUUCAAGCGCUUCCUUAGGCCUUACUUCGUGAAGGGUGCAGCGAACGUUUUCCUCUACAGAUUCCAGCAGUUCAUGAACAUGCAUCGUGGUAGUGGUGAUAUGCUGAGGUGGAUGACAAGAUUCCAGCUGUCCUACCAGCGCAUGAACGAGUCAUGGAUGGACACUUUUGUUCCCCUAGUGAGUGAAAACGACCCCGUGGUGAGAGCCUAUGUUCUAAGACUACCUCAAGAAGAACAACAGGCAAUCACUCCCGAAGAAGCACUUCGCCGAGUCAACGAACAAGGGAGAGAAACACAUGGAAGAGCACUACCCAUCACAGCGAACCUCAUUGCCCUGCUGUUCGUGACCCUGUCAGACCUUACCCAAGACCAAAGACAAGUUCUUACUUCUCUUAUGGCGCACAAGAACAGGGCACUCACAGAUUACAGAGUGGAUGAGCUGAGAACAGUGUAUUUGGAAGUGUUUUGCACCACGAAGACCACAGUAGACAACCCUCUUCUAGCACCCACAAGUGCUCCAGGAAGAAAAAGUUUUAUCGUCAUCGAUGAAGGUACCCUCGAUGAGAGCCAAGGCUACUGGUGCGAGGACGAGGAUGAUGGCGCAGAAGGCUUCCUGGACGCCUUUGAGGAUUGCUUCUGGGUCUACGACGAUGAGUCUUACACGUGGUUUCAGCGGAAGUUCCAAGGUCGUAAGUUGCGACGUGGAAAAGGAAAGGGCAAGGGCCGGAAAGGAAAAGGCAAGGGCCAUGGUGGCCGACGCUUUUUCAAACGCAAGAAAGGGAAGGCCCAUGCCGCCGAAGACGUCAGCGCUAGCGACUGGGCAUGGAACGAAGAAUGGCAUGAUUGGAGCUAUGAAGCCUGGACAGCAACUGAUUGGCAGGAAGGAGCUGACGACUCCUAUGCAGCCAAAGGUCGGAAAGGAAAGGGCAAAGGCAAGGGCAAGUUCUUCAAGGGAAAGGACAAGAAAGGAAAGGACGGCAAGGGCGACCAUGCCAAUGCCACCUCGGAAGCCCAGAGGACUGCUGCCUUGGCAGGCCCAGGUACUCCGGCCAUAGCUAACGCCUUUUGGGUGCAGCACCACAGUUUUGUGUCCGAAGCGGUUUACAAGCAGGACUCCAACGAAGAAGAUGUUCCCAAGUCUUUUUUGACACAUGCUUUGUCCCCUACCUCUAUGGUUUUGGACAUCGGUUGCACACGGGCUAUGACCUCGAGACAAGCAGCGAAAGAGUUCAUGGGUUUCGUGGACCAUCAUCCAGACUGUGGUUUGUGGUACGAGUUACGACCUACAAACAGUCAUUUCUCUUUUGCCAACAGCGAGAUGGCCCAGUGCAAGGAAAAGAUUGUGAUCUUCAUGUACGAUCUUUCCUACACGAUUCAGUCGACCGAAUUUGACAUCGUUGAUCAGGGCACAGUUCCCUUCUUGAUGUCGUUACCUCAGAUGAGGAACCUUCGCUUCAAGAUCUCGUUAGAGCCUGACGAAGCCCUUCUGUCAAGUUCAGUUCUGGGCAUGAAGAACCUUCCUUUGAAGGUUGCUCGAAGCUCACACUUGAUGCUCGAUCUUAUAGAUGUAGCCUGGCAUAUGUGGGGAGUUCGUUUCGAUGCACACAAGAAGGUGAGUUUCUUCAUGACGAACGAGCACCACUUCGAGUAUGGCUACAAGUUGGUCACGAAGGAAUGCUCCCCUCCAGGGGAGGAAUCCUCAGAAGCCUUGGUUGUGGAGGACGAAUGGCACUUGGACGAAGGCAACCAUCGUCUAAUCCGAGUUCACCGCAAGGAGCGAGUUCAGUCCUUUGCGCCAUCGAAAGGGAAUACUCCCAUACCACUCGAGUACCUCGACACGAUUCGGGAGACCACCAUCAACUACAAGGAUGGCAUGAAGGAAACGCAGAAUGAUGAAUGGAAGGACAAGCCUCCCGUCAAGUUUCCUAAGCCGUGGUUAGGUAGAACCGUUUUCAAGAUUCUGCCAGGUGGCAUAGAGAAUCGCACCUCUGUGAAGGUGAGUACUCGGGGAAAAGGAGAGCUCUUUGGAGAUGAGGACGAAGACCCAUUUCCAGAGCUGAAGGGUAAGGGUGUCGAGACAACUAAAUGGGAUGAUCAGUACUCUCCUUCUGAAGCUCCAGUGGAGCAGCCAGAGCCGUCUCCAGAGUCUAAAGAAGACAAUGCGCCUGAGGAGCGCUUCGAUCCAGAACCUAGGCGUAUAGCGCUACCUCUUCCCGGGCAAGAAGUUGCCCGCUCUUCUCCGGCCUUUCGACGCAUGAUUGAAAAGCUACGAAGUGAUGUGGAGCUGUACAAGUUGCAUGUGAAGCAUUACCACAUGAGUUCCGCGCAGUUUCGUAGGCGUACGUCCAUGUUAGGCCUUCCUGAAGAGAUUUACGAAAAGUACGACCGACAGGACCAAUCAGGAGUUGCAACGCAUUGCUAUGCGAGCACAUCAAGAGGCAAGACAGGCCCAGGACCUUCGAAGCGACCUGGCUCGCCGAGUCAUGCCCUCAGAUGGUCCUAUGUCAAGGGGGACAAGGUGUUAGUUUGGAUGAAGGAUGAGUCUAAGAUAAAGUCAGAAGGAGUAUGGGUUAGAGGCAAGGUCAUGGGACAGGAAGGUGCGAUGGUCAUUGUUCAUGUGCAUCAAGCCAUCCUUCGAGUGAAUCAGUCAAAGAUUCGUAGAGACCAUGACCCCUGGCAUGAUGUCCAUAUUCCUCUUGACAUGGACAAGGUACCAGGAGGCUCUCCACCGGGAGAGGAACCUGGUGGUUUGUUUUGUGAAUACGAGCCACAAUGUUGCGCUGAACACGAAAUUUGUUAUCACACGCACGGGGGAAGAUUUUGUGAUGUCCUUGAAAUCGCCCCAGGGCCUACGGGAAUCACGGCCUGUAUGGCUCGGCACGGGAACAGAAUCGGAGAGCCAGUUCACGUGGAAAGUUGGCAGCCAAAGGCGAUCCAGCAGAGCAUCGCCUCGGCAUGGAAAACUCUGUUGCAUGCGUCACCCACGCUUGUGGUGAUCAACCCGACGAUACCUGAUUCACUUGUGAGAAACAAGAAGGCCAUCAAGACUUACUGGCAUUUUUGUGCAGAAGUCGUUAGAUGGCAGGAUCAGAAUCAAGGUGAAGUUGCUGUCGUGGGGUUGACAGACCAGGGAUUUUUCACAUCACAGGCUGCUCGUUCACUACACUGGAGAAUUGGCAUGUCGUCGAUUUGUUUCGGCCAAGACGAGGGAGCAACUCUCAUGACGAAUCUAGGACUCAGGGCGAUUGAAGGUCUUGCUCCUGGAACAGAGCUGGAGGUGAAUACCUCCACCACUCAGGAAAAGGAGAGGUCCAGACGUGUCCCUGGACUUUACCGAUCGGUACCGGGAUACCAGGACUACCAUGACACACCCGUGCCGGGUGAUAUGUCGUGGGAUGAAGGUGAGGAAGAGAUUCAGGGUGGCCCUUCAGGGCCGGGACCCGAUGGCCCUCCAGAUGGAGCGGCAAUUCCGAUAGAUGUGGAUGGAGAUGACGGAGGAAAUCCUCCAGGACAGGGGGCCUUUCCGCCUGGAGGCGGUCCUCCAGGACCGGGACCAGGGUUCGGGCCUUCGCCUGAAGACUUCGAGGAUGGCGGAACUCCUAUGGAAGUUCAUAUGGAGCCGCCGCCUCCAGGUCCUCCGCCUGAACCGGCGCAUCCGAUUCCCGCAAGUGCGGCACCAAAACUGCGUUUCCCUGUUUACCCAAACAAGAUUCCGGAGGCCGCUGUGCCUCUUCCGGGUCAGCCGUUGCCGGAGAAAAAGGGAGAUCCGCAGGUUUCCGCUCCGUUUCCGGACGAGGAUGAGACAGAUCCGACCGCGUCUUCUUCACAGCCUAGCGGACCGCCAGGACUUCCCGUGGCGGAAGGAGAGUUUCCGAUUCAGCAAACUCCCGUCGCGCCUCCGGCUACGGACGCGCCAGUGCCGGACUCAGACUCAGACGAUAGCCAGGCGACGCGAGAUUACGGUGAGUCGUCUCUUGCUUCCUUGGUCGAGGGGGAGGAAGAUGUUCUUCUGGUCCUUCCUCACGAUUUGAGUCCGCCGCAGUGGGCUGUUUUUGAUGGUGAUGCGUUUGCGUCGUGGCUUACUAAGCAGGAUAAAAUUAAGGCUGGUACGAUCACACAGGACAUGCAGCGUAAGUACGCCAAGGAAAUCCGAGCCGCGAAAUUGGACGAGUUCAAGAGCUACUUGGAUAAUGAUGCCCUUCGAUUUGUCGAUCGCAGGAAGUUAGCCAAGGAUGUGAAUUUUCUCACAGGUCGUUGGGUUCUUACUGUGAAAGUCGACAAAAAUGGGUUCUUUUCUAAGUUUAAGGCUCGUUGGGUCUGUCGUGGUUUUCAGGACAAGAAUGCCUGGGAUCAGCAGACGGAUAGUCCAACUGCUACGCGAUACGGUUUUCGUUUGGUCUGUCAGUGCGCUGCCAAUAAUUUCUGGGAUUUGUUUCAUUUGGACCUUAAGACUGCGUUUCUUCAGGGGGAACACUAUAACUUGCAGCAUCGCAGCGUGAUUGUUCAGCUGCCUCCCGACAUUGGUUUGCCGCCUUGGAUGGUCGGUCUCUGUUUGCGGCCGGUGUAUGGCCUCAACGACGCGCCGCGUCGAUGGUGGAAUCGACUCGACAAGUUCCUGCGGACCAUCGGCCUGCAGCCCACAAGGGCAGACCGAUGCACCUAUGUAGGAUACGAAGGAGUCGAAAAGCAGAAAUCGGCAGCAAAGAUCGCAGAAGAGGUAAGUCUAUUCCAAGAAGGAUGCUCUCCUCUAGGAGAGGAACCGCCAAUAGGAGACUUACCGGGCAUCAUCACAGAGUCUCCACUAGCUGCGUUGUUAUCUGCUUGUGAAGAACCGCCGUCUUCUCCCGACACCGCGGUAGAAAGGUCCUAUUUAGCAUACCCCGACAUUGCGCAAGCCUUUAAGACCAAGCACCUGGUUGAGUAUGACUGGAGGCCAGUCACUGAUAAAACCUUGCUUGACUUUCUUGGUGGCGUUGCCCACAAGAAGAGAGGCUGGUUCCCUUUCGAGAACGGCCAGGCCCUUGUGUCCCACAGGGCGAAGGCUUUGAGAGGUCCUGAACCGACCUAUAAGAUUAAGGAUUAUCCCUACCGGGUAUCUAUCAUCUUGCGCCAAGGAACCUGGUGGGUGAUUGAAAAGGCUCAGGACCUUAGGAACAAGAACGAGCCGAGCUAUCUCGAGGAGGAGGCCGAAGUGCUCGUGACACUGUUCCUUCCUGAAAGGGCGGCCUACAAGACCACAGAACAGCUUCCUCAGCUUACCCCUGAACUUGUAGAUCAGCUCUUAGAACACUUUGUUGAUCCUGUUCAUGGUAGCCCUAGUAAGCACAGGAAGUCGGUAGGAGUCCUCAGCCUUCAUGUUGAUGACCUGAUCAUCGCUGGAACCCCAAGUUUCCUGAAGUGGUUCUUGGCUAGGGUCAAGGAACAUUUCACCAUUGGACAUGAAGACAAAAAUGAUCUUAUGUUCACUGGUCAGAGGGUUCGAUGGGUUGUUGACGACAAGGGCAGUAAGAAGUACAUCUCAAUUGAUCAGAAGUUGAGCGUCUCAGAGCUCGAAGAGAUCGUCAUCCCCAAACACUUGAAGGACACUGAUGUGUGUGACAAACAACUUCACACCUCCUACAGGUCUUUGCUAGGUAGUAUCAACUGGUUGCAGUCCAGGACUCAGUUUCAGGCUUGUUACUCAUUCUCACGUCUCGCAUCGGCCUCAGCUGCACCUACGGUUGGUCACUGUAAGGAGCUGAACAAGCUCUGUCGACAAAUCAGGAGUGAAGAGGUGGAGCUUAGGAUUUGGCCAGUCCAAGGCACACCUCGCAUCCUCGGCAUUCCAGACGCGGCUUUCAGAAACAACAGUGACAAGUCCUCACAGAGAGCGAUGACAGUGUUUAUCGCCGAUCAAAGGGUAAAGAAUCGUAGGGACACCAGAGGCUCCCUGAUUUUCUUCGAAUCCACUAAGAUCAAGAGGACUACCUUGAGCACGACAGUUGCUGAGCUGUAUGCCUUGAUGAAGUGUUUCGGCACCUGUCAGAUGCUAAGGGGUUUGUGGAAGGACAUCAGUGGUCUAGAUGCCGAGAUCCAUAUGCGAACUGAUGCAAACAAUUUGGUUACAACUGCUUCAACCACUCAUGCCCCUGAGCAACAAGAAACCAUACACAUGAUACAGAUGCUUCGAAAGGAAGCUUGCUCUGGGGCCAUUGCGGACCUCUCACAUGUGCGCACAGAACACUGUCUGGCGGAUUGUUUGACGAAACGGUCUGCCAAAUCCACCAAUUUGGUUCAGUCAGUUCAAAAGGGCUGGCUGAAGGAGAUAGAUGCUCAUCCCCCCUUUAGGUCUCUUUUGGAACACAAAGCUUUUCUGAGCGCCUGGCUCCGGAAGGAGCUGUCGGGUUUUCAGUUUUGCAGCAAGGUGUGUUUCAUGAUCAGUUCUUGUGAAAAGAAAGACUGA